AUGCCUAACCUCAGAUCAAGCCCUACGUCGUCUGCAGGCUCUAUCAAUGAGGGAGUUGUCAGAACAUACAAGCGCCGCCCACGUAAACCGAUAAGCUGUGAGCCCUGUCGGCAUUCCAAACUGCGCUGCGACCGGCAACACCCCUGUGCCUCGUGCAUACGGCGAAAAUGCGCCGGCUCAUGUGUAUAUGAACGGCGGGCAUCCGGCGCUGGAGAGCACACAACACAUGUAGAACACCGGGUUGUGCCUCCAUCUACGCCAUAUCUUCCACAGACGGAGCAUGGACCAGCGCAAAGUAGCCGAACCGUACCAGAAUCUCAAGGCCCGUCUAAUGUGGUUGAGACCCCAGAGCAACAUGUCGUUCCUGGGCCUACUGACCUCCGGGAACGCCGGGCCUUGACCCAUGAACAUUGGGAAGGGGUAUUGCAAAGACCGAUGAAUGCGGAUGAGCCGUCAACGUUUGCGCUUGAUGAUGCGGCGCCUCGCGCCACGGGCAUUUGUUUUCCAUUUCAUUCCGAGUCCCAGCUUUCCAAGAGCCAUCUCCUAGCCUUGUUGCCGCCGACUCAAUCGUGUGAUUACCUUAUAUCACAAUUCUUCAUGUAUAUGUCACAGUUCUUUCCCAUUCUACAUGGUCCAUCAUUCCAAAAAGAAUAUGUUGCCUUCGUCAUGGAGCCUUCCGCGGUUGAUUUCUCUUGGUUAGCGUUGCUAUUCAUGCUAUUAUCCCUCGGUCUUCACACACUCGACUACGACGCCGGUCUACCCAGCGAGCUUGGGCCCGACAGACAGAACUCGAAUGUAUCAACACGGAAGUACAGAGAGGCAGCAAUGAUAUGUUUAUCAAAAGAUCAAUUUUUGACUAGAUAUCGGCUGACCACACUGCAAGCUCUGCUGCUCAUCGUCUAUGAGAUAUGCCACGAAGAAGGAGUUGAGCGAGGCUGGACCAUGCUGGGUAUUGCACUGAAUAUUAGCAUCGCACUGCAUUGCAAUGCAGAUUUUGGGCAACCUGGCCUAAGCGUACUCGAGGUGGAGCGUCGCCGGCGCUGUUGGGCAGGUCUUCUCUCCCUGUACGCCUAUCAGAUUGUUUCAUAUCCUGGCGUUGAUAUGCUGUUUCUCACGAAUGUCAAGGCGGCCAUGCCUGCUGAUGUUAAUGAUGCCGACAUCAGCGAAGAUUCUAUCUCGCAGCCUUCUAGCCAGCCGACCCAGAUGUCCAUAAUGAUAUUCAAAAUUCGACUGUUUCAAUUGUCUAGUCGGAUAUGCCGUCACCUAAAGGGACCCGACAAGUUCGAUGAGAAGACGCGAGAUCUUUUCGAUUCCGAGAUAGCCGAAGAGCGACGCCAGUGGGAUACUAUGUUUCCUAUGGACAAUGGUGUGCCCAGUCUCUUAAAUUUCUCGAGCUUUGCUCACUGGUCCUUGCAGUUUCACGGCCAUCACCUCUACCUCCUCAUCCACCAACCUUUCUGCCGACCUCGUUCUAACCCCACUUGUUUCCGCCAACAAUCCCGUGCGAAGUGCAUUGACUCUGGUGCGGCUUUGCUGAAACUCCACCAGCGGUUCUGGGAGAUCCCUCGACUGAGACCCUGUCGCUGGACAUUGCAUGGUUUAAACAGCUUUUACGCUAUACAUGGAGCGGUGGCGUUGGCAUCAUGCCUUCUAGAGGGAGAUUCUCACGCCUCCGAAUCACUCCAAUACCAGGACAUCUUCAUCACUGCAGUCAACCGCCUCGAAGAAUUACAACAUCGCAGUCCUAUAUGCAAGAAAGCCCAUCCCAUGCUUUCUCAGCUACAGGGCCUCCUAUUCCCAGAGCAAUACAAGUGGCCCAACCCUGCCAGCUCUACGUUGUUAGAAACAUUUGAUACAUGGGCCGACAACUUACAGUGGAUGAACCCAGAUACUGUUGACUGGAAUUUCUUAGACGGCGUACUAGGUUGA